UUCUGACAGCUGUUUUCUCUCCCUCAGGAUUGUCGCUGUGUUCUGUGGCUCUGGCUCUGGUGUUGCUCUCCAUGCAGUGUCGCCGAGGUUUGGAAGCCUUCCCUCUGCUGCCUUUGUCCGACCUCUUGUCCAACGCUGUUCACAGAGCCCAGUACAUGCAUUUGGUGGCCGCAGAGACGUACACAGAAUUUGAAAGACAAUAUGUCCCGGAAGAGAAGCGUAACUAUCACAAGAGCGCGGCUUCUGUAUCUUGUCAGUCUGAGAGCCUCCCUGCGCCCACCGACAAGGGGGAUGCCCAGCAGCGAUCGGAUACAGAGCUUCUUGCGUACUCACUGCUGCUUAUUCAGUCCUGGGUCAACUCGGUUCAGACGAGCAGAGUGUUCAGCACCGCGGACAGAGUCUAUGAUAAAAUGCGGGAUCUGGAGGAAGGCAUCUAUGCUCUGACGAAGGUCUUGGAAGAUGGAGGUUCUUUUCAAGCUUUUGCCUCGCUGAAAUUCUCCUAUGACCGGUUCGAAGGAAACCUAAGAAGCAAUGAAGCUUUGAUGAAAAACUAUGGGCUUCUGGCUUGUUUUAAGAAGGAUAUGCACAAAGUUGAAACCUACCUGAAAGUUAUGAAUUGCAAACGUUUUGCAGAGAGUAACUGUACUGUGUAGUGUAAUGUAAUAGACAAAAGAGUGAGGAAAACUGGAUAAAAACACUCAAAUGUUACAUAGAAGCUCUCAAAAUUCAUUCCUUUUCCUCAACAGAUCCAACACCAGUAUGAUAUUUUAGAUAUCUCUAGAGUUAUAUGAACUGUUAAGUUUUUUAAAAAAAGUUUAACAGGAAUUAGUUGUACAAAAUACAUAAUUGUGAAAAAAUCGGAUUUCACAAUUACGUGUGUAUAUUUCUCUUAUUGGGAACUGAUAAAAGAAUUAAUAUUUACUAUUUGUAAAUAUUAUCUUUCAUUAUUCAAUAAAGGAAUCUGUAGAAUUACCA